AUGAAUAACGUUGCUGAUGAUCGCGCUCGAUAUUUGCAUGAAGAUACAGGUUUAGAGUUUUCUAAGGAAAAGCAAUUUCCAAAAAAGUUGGUGGCAGAUAAACUUGCAACUUCCAAAAAUUCGAAUAUACACAAAACCAUUGCCGUGAAUUCGCGAAACCGCCAACUAUCCAGCCUUGCUCGGCAGCCCUUACAUCGAAGUAUGCUGACAGUUGAUCAAACGCGCUCUCUAACAGAUAAUAUUUCUAUGGGUGUAUUUGAUCCAGAUUCCAUCAGGAAGAGUUUUGCCAAAGGGGGAGAAGACAUAGAUCGCUCGCCUUUUAAAGAAGGCGAUAAAUUGCCGCGAAUCUCAUCAAAUGCCGUAAAUUUGCGACCUAUUCCAGUUGGACGAAUGGGGGGUGAUCGACUCUAUGAACAGAAUUCGAACGAGAUGCGUAAAAGCAUGGUCAGCUAA